AAAUAAAAGGAGCGUAUAGCCAGCCAGCGGGGGAGAACGACGGAAGAAUCAAGAAUGGCAUGGAGAGGACAAGUUUGUGGAUAUCUUAAAGAGCUUCGGAUUCUGCUCUGCCAAUCUUCACCGUCAAGUUCAUCUGCUAGAGCAUUCGUGGAGAACAAUUACAAGGAUCUCAAGUCUCUCAACCCUAAACUCCCCAUCCUAAUCCGUGAAUGCAGCAACAUCCAGCCUCAGCUAUGGGCCAGAUAUGAUAUGGGUGUUGAGAGGGGCAUUCGGUUGGAAGGUUUAUCUGAGGCACAGAUCUCCAAGGCCCUCGAAGACCUUGUCAAAGCGGGAGCAGCGCUUAAAGCUUGAAUUCAAAUAUUUUUGUUGCUCAAAUUUAUGGAAUCCAAUGAAAUAAUUUAACAUUUGAGGUAUGUAGAGAGAUCUUCUUAUCAAGUCUUCCCUAUGUUUUUGCAACUUUUAUUUUCCUCUUCAUAUUGUUGAGGUUUUCGUGCUCAGUGUUAUCUUCGUAUUGUCCCUUGUAUUUUGCUGCGACCAGCAUGACCUUCAACACAUUGUUUGAGUGUCUCAAAAUAUGUGUUCAAUUCUA